UUGAUCACUGAAAUCCCAGGGGUAAAGGAACUGCAAUUUUUCAAAGAACAAGAUGCCAAAUAUUUUGGAAAGUUACUAGACAACAAAUCGGAAAAAGAUUUGUCUUUAGAGGAGCUUAAGGAACGUAAAAUUAUGAGGUUAUUGUUGAAAGUGAAAAAUGGAACACCACCCAUGAGAAAAGUUGCUUUGAGAAGCAUCACUGAUAAUGCCAGAUCUUUUGGAGCAAAGGCUUUGUUCAAUCAAAUUUUGCCGUUGCUUUUGGAAAAAACUUUAGAUGAUCAAGAGAGACAUUUGUUAGUGAAAGUUGUUGAUAGGGUUUUGUACAAGCUAGAUGAUAUGAUACGUCCUUACACACACAAAAUAUUGGUUGUUAUUUCGCCGUUGCUCAUUGAUGAAGACUAUAUAACAAGGGCUGAAGGACGUGAAAUUAUAUCAAACCUGUCAAAAGCUGCUGGUCUCUCUCAUAUGAUAUCGACUAUGAGGCCUGAUAUUGACCACGAGGAUGAGUACAUUAGAAACGUAACAGCCAGAUCAUUGGCAGUAGUCGCAAGUGCUUUAGGGAUCCCAGCUUUGCUUCCAUUUUUAAAAGCUGUAUGCCACUCAAAAAAGUCAUGGCAAGCUCGCCAUACAGGUAUCAAAGUUGUACAACAAAUUUCAAUACUCAUAGGCUGUGGUGUUUUACCUCAUUUGCAUGGACUUGUUGACUGCAUAGCAAAAGGUUUAACUGAUGAACAGCUAUCUGUGAGAACAAUGACUGCUAAUGCAUUAUCUGCACUUGCUGAAGCAUCUUCCCCAUACGGGAUUGAAUCAUUUGAGAAUAUUUUGGAGCCACUAUGGAAUGGUAUCAAAAGACAUCGAGGUAGAGGCUUAACUGCCUUUUUGAAAUGUAUCGGGUUUAUAAUACCUUUGAUGAACCCUGAAUAUGCUAGUUAUUAUACCAAGGAAAUCAUGUACAUUCUUUUGCGUGAGUUCAGCUCCCCCGAUGAGGAAAUGAAGAAAGUCGUUCUCAGAGUGGUACAGCAGUGUGCUUCAACAGACGGGGUUGAACCAAAGUAUCUGAAAACUGAAGUGUUACCACCCUUCUUCAAGCACUUCUGGGUUAGAAGAAUGGCACUUGAUCGUCGGUCAUACAAGGCAGUUGUUGAAACAUCACUUGUUUUAUCAGAGAAGGUUGGUGUCAGUGAAAUAAUUGAGAGGCUUUUGAAUAUCUUGAAAGAUGAAUCUGAACCAUUUCGGAAGAUGGCUGUUGAGACGGCGUACAAGGUUGUUCUCAAAUUAGGAUCCGCUGGCCUUUCAGAAAGAACAGAAACCAGGCUCAUAGAUGGUUUAUUAGUCGCUUUCCAGGAGCAAACAGAGAAUGAUUUUAUCAUAUUAAAAGGGUUCACAACUAUUAUUCAAUCAUUAGAUAACAGAAGCAAGCCUUUCAUUGGUCCAAUAAUAACUACGAUACUUCAUAGACUGAAAAAUAAGACACCAGAAAUUCGUCAACAAGCAGCAGACUUCAUUUCUCAAAUUGCCUCGGUUCUCAAAUCUUGCUCAGAAGAAGACAUUUUGAAUAAGCUAUCGGUUAUAUUGUAUGAAUCCUUAGGUGAAGUUUAUCCUGAAGUAUUAGGAUCAAUUUUAGGAGCUUUAAAGAGUAUCGCAACUGUUGUUGGUAUUUCUUCAAUGCAACCACCAGUCAACCAAAUAUUACCAACUCUCACACCUAUAUUGAGAAACAGACAUGAGAAAGUUCAAGAAAAUGCCAUAGAUUUGGUGGGAAGAAUUGCUGAUAGAGGUGCUGAAUAUGUCUCACCAAAAGAAUGGAUGCGUAUCUGCUUUGAGCUUCUUGAUAUGUUGAAAAGCACUAAAAAGGGGAUCAGAAGAGCCGCCAAUAACACAUUUGGCUAUAUUGCCAAAGCUGUUGGACCUCAGGAAGUGUUGGUGACUUUGCUGAAUAAUUUGAGAGUUCAAGAGCGUCAACUUAGGGUUUGUACUGCUGUGGCAAUUGGUAUUGUUGCUGAAUCGUGCUCACCAUUCACUGUUCUUCCAGCACUUAUGAAUGAGUACAGGACCCCUGAAGUUAAUGUGCAAAAUGGUGUCUUGAAGGCAAUGUCUUUUAUGUUUGAAUAUAUUGGAGAUAUGUCUACAGAUUACAUCUAUGCAGUAACUCCUUUAUUAGAAGAUUCAUUGACAGAUCGAGAUCAAGUCCAUAGGCAAACCGCAGCAAGUGUUGUUAGACAUAUCACAUUGGGAUGUAUUGGUCUAGGCAAGGAAGAUGCUUUCAUUCAUUUCUUGAAUUUACUCAUCCCAAAUAUUUUUGAAACAUCACCUCAUGUUAUCAACAGAAUUUUAGAAGGGAUUGAAGGUAUUAGAAACGCUGUUGGUCCUGGGCUAGUAUUGAAUUACACAUGGAAUGGUCUGUUCCACCCAGCUAGAAAAGUUAGAAAACCAUAUUGGAAGAUUUACAAUAGUGCUUACGUCCAACAACUCGACGCUUUGGUUCCGUAUUAUCCAAAAAUUGAGGAGUCAAACUACAGUUUAGAUCUCUUUGAUAUAGUUUUGUAA